AUGGAGACGGAAGAGAGACAAUUUGUCUCGAAAGCGGCUAAAAAAGGUGGAAAACAAGCUAAGCUUCAGAGUGCGGAGGAAGAAGCACGAAGAAGUUAUGUGAAGUCGUUCUUUAGGAGAGAAGCAAUCCGGGAGAGACUGAGAGAGAGGCUGGAACUAGAGAAAAAAGCCCUGCAAGUGGUAGAGCGCCUCCUAGAAGACAGCGUGUCUGAUGAGUUCCUGCUUGACUGUGCCAAGUUUAUCACUACUGCUAAUUACAAAGAUGCUGUGGAGGAAAGAUUCAUCACCAAACUGUGUGGUUAUCCUUUAUGUUCCAAUAAACUAGGAAAGAUUCCAAAGCAACAGUACAAAAUCUCGACGAAGACCAAUAGGGUGUAUGACAUCACAGAGCGCAAGAGUUUUUGCAGUAACUUCUGCUACAAAGCCUCCAAAGAAUUUGAGCUACAAAUUUCAAAGACCCCACUUUGGCUCAGGCAUGAAGAGAGACCUCCUGAAAUCAAGUUGAAGAAGAAAGGGGACAUCGGAAGUUCGGGUGAGGAGGUACAUCUGACAGCCAAGUGCCUCCAGGUGGAAGACAUAGAACAACCGCUGAAUACUCAACAUGAGGAUCGUUCCCAUAAAACCGCUUACAGCGACAGCAGCGAUGACGAACAAGAGCAGGACUUUAUUUCCAGCGUGCUCUCCCAGGAACAGAGACCCAGGGUGCACUGGGGUGACCGUCCAAAACGUAAAAAUGAAGGCGAGGCAGUCAGACGGCGUCAAGCUAAGCAGAAAGCGGAAAUGGAGUUGAAUGAAGAAUUGCGUGAGGAAGUCAGAGUUGAAGGACUGACUGAUCGCCUGAAUUCAUGCAGCUUACAAACUGUAAAACCACCUCAGGAAGACCACACAAGACAUCCUCCAACCUCUGUUGAUGCAGAAUCAUUUCACCCAAAAGAAAGCCGUUCACAUGAAGAUGGAAAUCUGGCCAAGUUGAAUGCAAAUGGACUCAGUGUCAUCCAGGUAGGCAUGAGCAAACGAGGGGCAUCAGGGCUACGGGAGCUUCUUAAGAACCACGCCUCCGAAGCAAGACCCAACCCGAUUGGGCAGAAUCUGCUCAAAUCCUUAAGAGCGACACUGAAUGAAUGGCUCACAGUAGAGAGUCUUAAAUACCUGCACUUUUCCGAUUGUAAGUUUGACUCUCCCUCUAUAUUCACGAAAGAAGACGAAGAGGAGGAGGAAUUGGAUGAAGAUGAUCUUGAAGAUGACGUGACUGAGGAGAAUGCAGGCAAAGAAGGCUGGAGAGCGCCUCCUGAUUAUGAGACAUUGAAAAGAGAAACCCAGCAGAUGGCUCUCAGGGUCAGAGAGUUUUACAAAGGGACUUGGAUUUUGCCUGGGGAGGAAGAAAACAUGAAGGGGAACAAGGACCAGAGCACAAGUGACUCUCCAGCUCUGCCUCUGGUUGACUCCAAAGCUCAGCACCUCAUUCAGAAGCGAAUCACAGUGGAGAAGCUUGCUAGCUGUCUCAAAAACAUUGUGGGUCCACUGAGUCUCACCCUGAGUGACAUCACCAGUGACCUCAACAACCUGGUCAGGACGUUCAGGUUUACCAACACCAACAUCAUCCAUAAACCUCCAGAGUGGACCUUCAUCGCUGUAGUGUUACUCCAUCUGUUGUCCAGUGUGUCUCCAGUGGUGGCAGAGGCUUUAGCGAAGUCUUCUUCAGUGUCGUAUGUAAACACUCUGAUGGAGGAGCUGGGCCUACAGCAGCAAGAUCUUUUAAACUUGCUCCAGUCAUUUAAAAAUCUACAACAAUGA